AUGCCGACAGUUUAUGCGCGUCUAACAACGGGAAGAACCACAUAUGAAAUGGUAAAACAUCAAAUUACGAUAGGUCGGGGUUCAGCCGUGUACCCCGUUGACAUUGAUAUAGGCUGUUCUUCUUACGUUUCUCGGCAACAUUUAGAAAUUAUCUGGAAAACUGACUGCUUGAAACUUAAGUGCAAAGGCAAGAAUGGAAUUUUUAUUGACCAAAAUUUUCGACCGUACAGUUCCCAGUUUCUGUCCAUCCCACCAAGGUGCGUUCUUCGAUUUCCAAGCACAUCUAUUUGCGUCCAAAUAGAACAGUGUUUCAUGUCUUAUGAAAAGAGUAAUAGCUAUGCAAACUACGUGUCUUCCCUUAAACUGGAUUCAUACGGGUCUGGAAAUAGUUGUUCACCUGUGAAUGGUGAUAAUCAACCUUCUCCAAGGAUUAGUUCAAAGGCCUUCAAUUUUAUUGGACCCUCAGAAAACUUGACCACAACAACCAGUCGCACACGUCGCAAACAAGCACUGAUACCAGCCUGUAGAACGACUUAUGGCAACGUUCACUAUUCUAAUGUUCAGAACACAACUAGUGAUGUACCUUCUUAUGAACUAAAGAAUACCUCGGAUACGACUCAAUAUGGUAAAAAUGAUAGUAAUCGAACAGAAACUGAUAUACAUCAACAAACAAGUUGUAUUGGCAAUAAUGCUAACAUUCAGUACAUCCACUUGAAAUCUAAAGCUGAUCUACCUUUUUCAAAUGUGGAUUCUAUUGGUGACGGUAUAACUUCCGUCAAGUCAUCACAAAACUCCAUUUCUGCACCUAUUGUUCACUUAGCAGCGUUUCCAGCUGUAGAGCGUGGAGAUCAGUUCACGAAACCCCCAUACUCUUAUGCUCAACUUAUUGCUCAGGCAAUCUCAAGUCAGCCAGAUCGUAAACUUACUUUGAGUGGGAUUUAUGAUUUCAUUAGUAGGAAUUAUUCAUAUUAUCAAUUAGCUGAUAAAGGCUGGCAAAAUUCAAUUAGGCAUAAUUUGUCACUUAAUUGUCAGUUCGUAAAAGUUCCUCGUUCACAAGAAGAUCAUGGUAAGGGUUGUUUCUGGAGAAUCGAUCCAGAGCAUGAAGCUAAAUUGUUGAAUAUUGCUUUCCGUAAACGUCGUAUAAGAGCCUGUGAUACAAGUUCAUUUUUAACAAAUAAUCGAUAUCCAUUGACAUCAUUAUCUUCAAAUGGGAAAUUUUAUAAUUAUAUUAUUCCAAAAUCAUUAAUAAAUCAAUCACACAAUAGUUCAAUCAUAAUGUCAACAGGCGGUAUUCAUUUACGGAAAUCAUAUAAACGAUCAAACAAAUCUCCUGACCAACUAAAAACUCCUUACAAACUUGCAUUAUCGUCCUCAUCAUUUGAUGUAAACAUACAGCAUACACCGCUAACUCAAAACAAGGAGGAUAGUUUAAAUGUGAUCACUUUCCAACCUGUCGUUCAUAAUUUGGUUCCAGUUAAUCAAGUGUCCUCUUCCGUUUUACGUAUUAUGAACACUAAACCUAUACUAACAACUAAUUUCAAGUCAAGUCAUCAUAAAGAAGACCAGUAUAAUAUUUCAUCUUAUCAUGCUGGUCCUUUUGUUGUACAACAGCCUACUUAUUCUUUACUGUCUUAUUCUAAUUCCUCCAAGGAUACAACUGUAUUCCAUCAGAACAGUAGUGGUACAAAUUGA